CAUGCGCUUUCACGAAGUUAUGAUGAACGCACAUCCGAAACGUGCCGUAAAAAGCGCGAAUUCUGAAAACGACAACAAAAAUGAUAACAAAAUAAAAUAUAAGUAUAAAUGGUUACUCUUAUCCAUCGGUGCUUGGCCACAAACGACUAUAGUGAAGAAGAUACUUGUGUCAAUACAAAUUUUUAUCAGUGCGAGCUCGGUGGCAAUUAUUAUGAUACCAUGCAUGUUGUACAUAUUGUUUGACGAUGACCACAUCAAGAUUAGAUUAGGCGCUCUCGUUUCGUUGCUUUUUAGAAUUAUGAGUUCGACAAAUUAUUGCUUGAUAAUUUUGCACAAAAAAAGUAUAUUCCAUUGUAUACGACACAUGGACACCGAUUGGAAACUAAUUCAAAAAACUAAUGAACGCAAACUAAUGGAUCAAUAUGAUAAGACUGGCAGCUUCAUGCUGAAGUUCUACAUGACAUUUCUGUUUUGUGGAUCAAACUUGUUUCUCAUCGCACGGGCGAUAAAAACCACAACUUUCACAAUCGGUAACGAAACCUUUACGACACAUCCAAUGGCAUGUCCCAUAUACAAGAAAAUCAUCGACGUGAGAUUCAAUCCUACGAACGAAAUUUUUCUGGUUCUGCAGCUUAUUUCGUCACUUGUAUCAAGUUUCAUUGCAUUGACUUCUUUUAGUAUUAUUGCUGUCUCUGCGAUGCAUGCUUGUGGCCAGUUGCAAAUAUUAUAUACGUGGCUGAAUGAAGUUGUCCAGAAUCAUAAACAAAAGAAUUCAGCAGAAAAGAAAAUAGCAAUUAUUAUGGAGCAUCACAUAAGAAUCUUCAGUUUUAUAGCAAAUUUAGAAAGUAUUAUGAGUCCAAUUAGUCUGUCAACUAUAAUGACAUGCACAUUAGAAUUGUGUUUACUUGGAUAUUAUGCUAUUAUGAAUUGGGCUGCAUUUGAUGCAGCAAAAAUGAUUUCAUAUCUUGUCGUAUAUAUAACAGUAUUUUACAACAUAUACGUAUAUUGCUACAUCGGAGAAAUCUUAACAGAACAGUGCAAAAACGUUGGGGAGAUAGCAUAUAUGACCGAUUGGUAUAAAUUGCCUAGCACAACAGCACGCAGCUAUAUUUUGAUAAUUUUGCGAUCAAAUCAUGUAGUGAAAAUGACUGCGGGGAAGAUAUUGCAACUGUCCAUCGCAACUUUUGCCGAUAUAGUUAAAACUUCAAUGGUAUAUUUAAAUUUUUUGCGAACAAUGACAGCAUGAAAUAUAGUAAACCAGAAAAUAGU